AUGUCUAACACUCUUCCCGAAAUGCAGUACCGGUUCCUCGGUAGAACCGGACUAAAAGUCUCUGUUAUCUCGCUGGGUAGCUGGCUCACAUACGGCGGACACGUCGGGAAUGAAACCGCCCUUGAAUGCAUGAAGGUUGCCUACGAUGCCGGCGUCAACUUCUUCGAUACCGCCGAAGUAUACUCUGGCGGACAGUCAGAGAUCGUGCUCGGCGAGGCAAUCAAGAAAUUCGGCUGGAAGCAAAACGACCUCGUCAUUUCCACAAAGAUCUACUGGGGCAAAGCCAACAGCGCCCACCCAGACAGACCACUCAACAACACCGGGCUCUCCCGCAAGCACAUCAUCGAAGGCAUGAACUUCUCUCUACAGCGACUAGACCUGCCAUAUGUAGAUAUUGUGUAUGCACACCGCCCAGACCGCGAUACACCUAUGGAAGAAAUCGUCCGCGGCUUCAACUACCUCAUUGACAACGGCAAAGCCUUCUACUGGGGUACCUCGGAGUGGUCUGCCAGUGAGAUUUCAGAUGCCUGGCGCAUUGCUGACAAACUCGGUCUUGUCGGCCCUGUUGUUGAGCAGCCGCAGUAUAACCUCCUCGCGCGCGAGCGCGUGGAGAAGGAGUACCGCUGGCUCUAUGAAUCACAUGGGCUUGGUCUGACCGUUUUCUCACCGUUAAAGGGCGGUGUCUUGACUGGAAAGUAUAACAAUGCUGCUACCCCUCCGCCUGGGUCGCGGCUGGCAGAGUCUGAAGACGGAUAUGUGAAGGGUCUUCGGAAGACCGUUGGUGAUGAGACCUGGCAGCGUCAGCUGGAUCAGGUUGCGGCGUUGAUGCCUGUUGCUGAAGAACUUGGGGUUACGACGGCGCAGUUGGCGCUUGCGUGGAUUUUGAAGAACCCGAAUAUCUCGUCUAUGAUUACGGGCGCAUCGAGGCCGCAGCAGGUCAUUGAUAAUAUCCAAGCUUUGGCGAUUGUGGAGAAGUUGACGGAUGAGGUUGUUGAGAAGAUUGAGAUUGCUGUUGGGAACAAGCCUGCUGUUGAGACCAGGCGGUAUUAG